AUGCCUCCUCGCCGGGCGCAUACCAAGUCGCGCAACGGUUGCGACCAGUGUAAGCGGCGCCGGGUUAAGUGUGACGAACGGGGGCCACCCUGCUCCAACUGUAUUUCGCGAGAGCUCAACUGCACCUACUUAAAAGCACCACCGCGCGGAGCAAUUGUAACCAAUGUGCGACCCCCGUCCAUCCCAGACUCGCGCGAUUCGCUGGACCCGGGGACGCCCAGGCCCCUUGCACCCAUCAGCCCGGCCUCCACCUCCACCCCCAUCUCCGGGGUGCGCGAUCUCGAGCUGAUGCACAAGUUCUCCACCGAGACCUUCAAAACCGUCUGCACGGCCGACUCGGAGUACCACGUCUGGCAGAUUGCCAUCCCGCACCUGGCCCUGCAGUAUGACUUUUUAAUGAACGGCAUCCUGGCACUGGCAUCUCUUCAUAUCGCCACGACCAGCAAGCCGCCGACUUCCCUGGCUUACAUCGAUACAGCUCUUCAGUAUCAUAACCUCACUUUCGCGCCCUUUCGCGCAGCCAUUGAUAAUCUCACCUCCCGGAAUUGCGAGGCUGUGCUGGCACAGUCCAUCGUUACCACCGUCAUCGGCAUCGCCUUGCCGCGCGUCACGGCCGCGCGGGAUGAGAGCUCCAACAUGACCGAGAACAUCGUCGUGGUCUUUGAGCUUCUGCAGGGGGUCAAGAAGAUCAUUCAUAUCGGCGGCUCUUGGAUUAAACUCAACCUAUUCAGUCGCCAGAAGAGCUUUCGGGAGACCGAUUCCACGGAGUUGGACCGCGAAACAAUGGCCGCGCUCGAUAAGCUCACCGCACUAAAUUAUGAGACUCUGGCCAGUAUUGACACGGACCAGUAUCGCAUCAACAAAGACGUCAUUGCUCAUCUUCUUCAGUGCUUCACAUGGUUUUCCGCCUCGUUGGAUCCGGCCAAUGUCCUGGCUUGGCUGGCUGCCGUGGACAAGGAGUUUGUGGACAACGUCCGGCGUCGUCAGCCACUGGCACUAUUGAUUCUCAUGCACUGGGGUGUGUUGCUGGGCGAGCUAGAUGGCAAAUGGUGGUGGGCCCGAAACUCCGGCCGAGCCCUGGUUUCUGAGUUGUCCCAUAUCUUGCAUCCUGGGGAUAUAAGAUGGGCCGACUCGUUGGCUUGGUCUCAGCGGAAGAUGGGGCUAUGA